UUACAAUAACAGAAAAUGACAUUUGUUGUACAUAACCUAGCUUUGCUUAGACGAAAAAUCCUUUUUAUUAGUGAAAAAUGUAUAAAUGCACAAAAAUUUUGCACCAAAACCCCAUAUAAUGUGUUGUUCUUUGGUUCUGAUGAAAUUGGACUUAGCAGCUUACGUAAAAUUAAUUCUUUAAGGAAAUCUGAAAAAGUAAUAAGUCGGCUACAUCUAGUAACUGCUAAUAGUUCUAAGAACAAGAGUACAAUAGAAAAAUUCGCACAAAGCGAAGGAAUCCCAAUAUUGCAAUGGCCAAACUUAAACAUUCAAAAUGCCGAGUACGAUAUCGGCUUAAUAGUUGCAUUUGGACAUUUAAUCAAAAAGGAUGUUCUUGACAAAUUUCCUUUAGGUAUGGUUAAUGUUCAUCCCAGUCUAUUACCUCGAUGGAGGGGUGCUGCUCCCAUAAUCCACACUUUGUUAAAAGGUGAUGAAGUUGCUGGUGUGUCACUAAUGAAAAUAAAACCAGAUAAAUUUGAUAUUGGUGAAAUAAUAAGCCAGAAAGUAGUUCCUGUGCCAAAUGAUAUACUGUUACCAGAAUUGACAAAACAACUAUCAGAUAUUGGAGGAGAGAUGUUAGUAGCCUGUAUGAGAGCAUUACCAACUAGUCUUGAUAAUGCUAAGCCACAGAGUAAUGAAGGAGUUACUUAUGCAAAGAAAAUCAAUAAAACAAUCAGUGAAGUCAGAUGGUCAGAAAUGACAGCUAAACAAGUUUAUAAUCUGUAUCGAGCGACAUACGGCCUCUAUCCAUUGACAACAACAUUCAGAGACAAACCAAUGAAAUUAUUCAAUGCUUUUCUUGUACCAGAUGAAAAUAUCGAACGAAAUUUGCAACCAAUCGGAUCACUAGAAUAUUGUACACAAAGAGACGCCGUAAAAAUACUAUGCAAAGACAGAAAAUAUAUUUAUUUCAAGUCCCUUAGGAUAUUGGGGAAGCGGGAAAUUACGGCGCUUGAUUUUUACAACGGUUAUAUUAAAAAUAUUCCCUUAGAUAAGAGAAAAUAUGUAGUAGGUUGUUGAUUUAGUAAAUAAAUGUUAUUAAAGUUUA